AUGUUCCGCUUACCACUUAGUGCCGGGCUCCGCGGGUCGUUGCGGGCGCCAAUGCGGCCGUGGACGCUGUUACGGGCGUCUUUGGUGACUCCCUUGAAGCUGGCAAAGCUGCCAGUAGCUCCAAUGAUGGCUCCAGCCGCCAAGAGACAAUUCCUGACCCAGCUGUGGGCGCGGGUCCGCAACACCUGGUACCAGUACAACAAGCACUACGGGCGGCCGACGCUGAAGUGGCAGAAGCUCUUGAAGCCGUUCUUGUUUACCGUGGGGUUCUGUGUCGCCACCACUUACGGGGUGCCUGUGGUGGUUAACGCCAUCCCCGCGCUCCGGCGCCACCCGAAGCUGGUGGUGUACGGGAUCAUCGCCCUCAACGGGUUGGUGUUUCUUGCCUGGAGAGUGCCGCAAUUGCUGCGUUUCCUUAAGCGCUACGGCCUCUUAGUCAAGGACAACGUGUACUCGGUGUGGUCGCUUUUGGGGCUGGCGUUCAGCCACCAGGAGCCGUUGCACAUUUUGGUGAACAUGAUGGUGUUCGCGCUGUUUGGCACCACGUUGGCCCAGGUGAUCGGCGCCCUGGACUUCUUGGUGAUGUACUUGAACGCGUGUGUGGUGUCGCUGUUUGUGUCGCUCCUUGUGCCCACGGCGUUGGCGGCGUUCACCGGCGCUGCGGCCACGUUUGGCGUGGCGCUGUUGGGGGCGCUGGGGGCGGUGUUUGCCGUGGUGGGGAUGUUCUCGUACUUGUUCCCCAAGGCCCCCAUCGCUUUGUUCUUCAUCCCCAUCCCCGGUGGCGCCUGGUUUGCAUUCCUCGCCACCGUGGGGUGGAACGUCGCCGGUGUGUUUGGUAAGUGGGGCAACUACGACUACGCCGCCCACUUGGGCGGGCUGGCCGUGGGCGUGUUCUACGGGUGGUGGUGGAAACAGAAACAACAGCUGGCCCGGGCGCAGCGCUUGAUGUGGUUCUAG